CCCUUAUAUAUAUGCUCAUUUUUGUAUAAACCCACUUACAUAUCCUCCACAAUCAUAUACGUACUAUCUCUCUUUACCGUGGAUUACAAUUAUUAAGUUUUCCGGUUUUAUGUGAGCAAGCUUGAUCUACGUGUAAACUAUAUUUCCAGCAAAUCGGUGAUCCCAUGGACAGGAUUGAAACUAUAUGAGAUAUUGUUCUUCUAUUACAUGGUGAGCAAGGCGAUGAAGAGCAGUAAAGGAAGCAGAUUCAUCAGGUUCAUGAAGGCGCCGAUAAGGGUGUUGAUUAAGGCAAGGGAUUUCUACAUCAAGAGCAUGGCCGAGUGCUCCACUCGAUUAGACUACGGUGGCAUGGCCAUGGGGUGCCCUACUGCCCAAGUCCCAAGUGCUUUGCCGAGAAGCUUCAGCACCAGCUCCGUCGACUCGUCAAGCAGCAGAAACAACGAUGAUUACAGAGAGCUCAUGAGGGCUGCUUCUGCUAGAAGCACUUUGGCUUAUAGCAAAAAUAUGGAGGAUCUUGGGAGAAAGCAGCAGAUCCAUAGUACUACCGGAGGCAAUAAUGAAAUGAUGAAUCGUAGUCGCAGCGUUGGGAUUGGAAGGAUUGAUGAAGACAAGGCUUGCGAAUUUGGUGAAGAUGUCAAGGUCAACAAGAAUAUGUUUCCAAGAAGCAGAAGCUCUGCUAUUGCUAGGAGAACAACGUUCUAAUCAAUCAUAUGGUAUAAUUUUAUCUCAAAGUCAAUUGUUUCUUUGUUUCCCUUUUUCUUUGUUUCUUUCUAGUCCUUUCAGAUUGAGUUAAUGGAAGCUGGUCAGCUGUUAGUUCAAAAUUAAGAUAUUAAAGUAAAUUCUUUAUAUCCUACGUGAAGAGGUGAUUCAGGUGAAGUUGUUCGAGUGAAAAUAUAGUAUUCGGUUGAAAGGGAAGAUGUCGAAGAUAUAAAUUUUUUAUCAAACUCUAGCUUCGGAUGUACAGGCUGUGACUUCUAUUUGUCAAAAUCGAAAUGUUCA